AUGCUGGCAAAGCUGGAGUUGGUGCAGAGUCGGAAGGACCCAGGAGCCAAGUAUUCCUUCCCCCUGGGGCCCUACCCUCGUUGCACCUGGAUCCACGAGGACACUCCAGAGGACGGGCUGGACAAGACCUGCUUCCGCAUCUGGAAAAGGGUUCAACAGCUCUCAGCUCACCUGGACCUCGGCACCAGAGAGGCCGAUGAGCCCCAGAGGGGCAGCCAGGAGCCGGGAGCCCAGGAGGGGUAUCUGAGUAUCGUGGGACCCAACAGGGAGUUGGAGGAAUGCGAGACGGAGCCCCUCAGGUCUAGGAAAGAGCCCAGCCCACCUGUGGGCAAGGACGCGGUCCUAAACAGCAUCUUGAAGACCCUCAGCUGCGGCGAGGAGGCCGGGAAAGAGGCCGAGGCAACGGGGAGCAGCCCAGAGGGGGAGGAGGAGAGCCUGGAAGAGGCCAGCGGGGAGCAGGACAAGGCCCAACUCCAGCCAGGCCAGCUUCUCCGCUCGCCAGGCCCCGUGGCCUCCAACAAGGAGAUCUGCCAGCUCCUGGCUCAGUUCUCCCUCAAGCACAUCAAUGAGGCGGAAGCUCCUGACAACAAGGUGAUGAUGGAGGAGGCGCGGUUGAUCAAGGACUUCCUGCAGAACAACAUGUUCAGCCUGGCUGGGGACAAGAAGCUUCCCGUCUUCGCCAAGCUCUGCGAGGAGCCGGCCCCCGACUCCGACGCCCCCGCUCCUCCGGCCUGCGAUCCACUGGAUCGUUCUGAGCCCCCCGCCCUCGAGCCCGGGGAUCGUCCCCCGCCCGGGGGAGGCAGGGAGACCGAGGCAUGCGAGGCCGUCACCCCGGAGCCCAGGCUGCAAAACGGGGGCCCCAGCCGGUCGGAGCACAGUUACAGUACCUGCCGGCACCCACAGAAGGCCUCGCUCUCGGCCUCCCGCAGGGGCAGCCAGGCCGGGAAGAAGGAGCCGGGAGCGGGAAAGGGCCAGGAGCGGGAAGGGCUCGGGGCGAAGGCCCUCAAAGCCAAGGACGGCUUCCGCUCGCCUAGGAGGGAAAUGGGGCCGCAGGCUUUUGGCCUGGCCGAGGAGGAGACGAAGAGGGACUUGGAGAGCGUGGCGGAGGGCGAACGGGUGGCUCGGUCGCUCAGCCCUGAGCGUCAGGCCGGCACGGACGAGGAUGUUUCGGGCCCCGGGCCCCUGGCGCUGGAGGCCGAGGCCUCCGGGAUGGAGCGAUCGCUCGUCUACCAGGAAAAAAACAUGGCCGCCUCUGGCCUACUGCUUCCCGCUUCCACCUAUGACUGCAACUCCAAGUACGGGGCGGGUCUCUACGCCAACCGCUUCCUGGGGGGGUCCCUGACCAUGCCCAGCCGCCCCCCACUCAUCAACUACCCUCCCCCUGUGCCCCCUGCCCCACCCGCUCCCCCAACCUCCAGCUACUCCCAGCACCAGGCUUUCUACCAGCCUAGGCCCCUCCGCAUGGCCCACCAGCCAACCGCCUACCAGCAACAGCAACCCAGCUGCUUUGUGCGGCAAACCAACCCUUACAACUACAGCCAAAUGGGCCAGGAAUAUGUCCCCCGUCAGACCUACAUCCGGGCCACCUAUGCCCCUCUGGUGGGCUACUGGUCGUUUGUGCCCGAAUACUCCUACACGGCCCCCCGCAACGCCCCCAAGCCCCUAGCCCCGGGCGGGGGCAGCAACAACCCCCCUCCCAUGGCCGGUGACGGCCCUCAGUGCCUCUUCCAGCCGGCCUACGGUUACGUGGACACCAACAUGGCAGCCACCAGGUUUAACUCCGGACGAUCGGGUCCCGUCUACAACAACAACAACUUCCAGAUGUAUUACCCGGCAGAUGGUAGCGGCUACAACUAUUGGUAG